AUGAACACAGACAAUGGCGCAUUCUCCAGCGCCAAAAUGAAGGAGCGUGACAAGCGAAUCGAGGAGCGUCAUCAAAAGGAAAUCAGCGCUUUGGAACGCAAAAUCGACAAUAUUAGGCGGUCCAACGACGACGUUCGAAAGCAAAUGUUCGACGUUGUGCAACGCUCGAACCGUCUUGUGCAUUCUCUAGGCUUUGAGAACGCAUUUGAAGCUCAGGAAGCGUUAGACUUGGUAGAUAACCCGACCUCAUUUAAAGGCACUUUGGAACGCGUUCAGUCUCAAGAGAAGGAGUUGAGGGAUCUCAGGGGUCAUUUAGAAGAGCUUGAAGGAAGAUGUAGUGAACUCAGUUCCGAGAACGAGUUUCUGAAGCUCCAGAACGGGAGCCUCACGGAGAAGCUCAGAGCUCUAGAGGACAAAUAUCAGAGAGCCGGAGAGUUUUACAAGCGAGACUAUGCCAAAUGGAAAACGUUUGCUCGCUGGUCUGCUUCAGAGGAUACGAGGCAUCGCAGGUACAGAAACGAGAAAGGCAUUUCCAGCACAGAGAAGAUCCGACGGGAUACAGAGCAUUUUGCUCGCAGAAGCGAGAAGAUGAAGGAAACAAUUCCAGAUUUUGAACGAUUUACCAAAGACUACGAGGAAGCCUUCGAGGCACACGUCAAAACUCCUCGUCCCCCUUCCAAAGGUCUUCCAAUGACUUCCUCUUCAACCACCGCCGUUCCUUCUGUUCAGCGGCCGUCGCGACUGGACCAGCUCUCUCGGAGCGAGCAUGAUCCACCUUCAGCCUCGCCUACGAUCUUCUUGAAGGACUCGGACGAUCCAGCUGUUUCUUCUGACACAGAACCUGAUCCCCAGCCUCCUUUCCCAAAUAGUCAGCCCCCGCUCAGGCGUAGUGGCACCUUUAAGCUUCCUCGGCUACCUCAACACGUUUCCUACUCCUCAGACACGGAAGAGGAAUCUAUAUCACUAACCCAGCAAAUCGCGGACUUGUCGGGGGCAAGGGCCUCGAUCCAUCCAUCCAGCCCGUGCAAGGACAGUAUGGCUUCCUCGGAUACGGAAGAUUCCCAAUUUGGAUCGCCGUUUGCAGCCGCGAAGUCAACACCCCUUUCUUCCUCCAGUGGCUCUAACGCUCGCCGCCCCCUCGAGCCAUUGUCCUUUUCCGAACGACCGUCAAAAAUUCGUCGGGUCGAUGGGACUGACGACGUUGACGAUAUGGACUCCGCGACGCCCAGGAGACGGGACGAGAAUUCUCGCCCCCUUCCUCGCACUGAGCCUAUGAAGGGACCUGUCAGUCGUCUGUUGAAUGUCAAGGGUCCUAGUGAGAAGGCAAGACGUGCCCCUCGUCACUCUGAACCAGGCCUGGAGCUCGCAGCUCCCUCCGCUUCCGCCACCAAAGGGAAAGGGAGGUAUGCUCCUCGGCGUUCAGAGCCAGGUCCCAGCUCCUCUACGAUCAAUGCGAAAUUCGUCAUUGAUCCCGCCAAGAACAACGGCGUCGGGCACCAGUACGAUGAAGUCGUCAGAGGUCGAGAAGCACGGCGUCAAAUGGACGCUGGAGAUUGCGAGUGCUGUCGAGAGUACUAUAACGCUGUCGGGCCCCUCCCUCCUCGCCCCCCGGGACUGUUGUGGGCGUCACCUUCGUCGACACCGAAGCGCUGCAAACACCGGGCUGGAAAGGCUGACGAGGAGGACGAAGAAGAUCACGAGACGCCAACCCGCCGACAGAAGGACAUUGACGCACACAAGAAAGGCAUCUCUCGUCAUCGACAUAAUUGGGAGCGAGCCAAGACGCCUCCAGAUUACUGGAACAUCGGAUUCCCGAAUACACAGGAGGUCGGAGAGAUCAACGAACGAGCGGAACAGAUGCACAGGCAGAAGUUCAUGGACAUCGAGAGAGAAGUGGCAAGUGGGAGCAGCAGGUACAAGAGGAGGCAUUGA